AUGUAUGUAGAAGUUAUAAAGAAUAUAAAAGAAAGCAAAGAACUGUUAAGGUUAAAAGAGAUAAAGAAAAUGCAGAACGAUUUUGAUGGAAAUGAAAAAAAAAUGGAGCGCAAGGCCGUUGUUGUAAUUGGCUGUAUAGCUGCUUUUCUAAUCCUCAUCAUUGCCCGCCUUACAAAUGAAGUCAGCUUUCCCCUCAUGCUCAGCUGCUUCGGACAAUCCAGUGUCCAGUGGAUGCCAUUUUCCUAUACACAAAAACGACAUCGAAGGGCUCACUAUGGAUAUCUUAAUGUGAAAAACCAAGAGCCUUUGCAGCUGGAGUGUGAUCUCUGUGCCAUUAUUUCAAACUCAGGUCAGAUGACAGAACAGAAAGUAGGAUCUGAAAUUGACCAGGCUUCCUGUAUAUGGAGAAUGAAUAAUGCUCCCACCAAGGGCUAUGAAGAAGAUGUUGGAAAAAGUACAACCGUAAGAGUCGUCUCCCAUACCAGCGUCCCUCUUUUGCUUAAAAAUGCAGACUAUUUUUUCAAGGAAACCAAUAGUACAAUUUACGUCAUCUGGGGACCUUUCCGAAAUAUGAGAAAAGAUGGAAGUGGCAUUGUAUAUAAUAUGCUGAAGAAGACUGUGGACAGUUAUCCUGGGGCCAAAAUCUAUGUGACCACUGAAAAACGCAUGAGCUACUGUGAUGAGAUCUUUAAAAAGGAAACUGGGAAGGAUCGAAUCCAGUCAGGCUCCUAUCUCAGCACUGGUUGGUUCACCUUAAUUCUAGCGAUGGAUGCCUGCUACAGAAUACAAGUCUAUGGAAUGAUAAAUGACACGUACUGCAAGUCAGAAGGCUUUAGGAAAGUCCCGUAUCACUACUAUGAACCUGGGAGGAGUGAAUGUGAUGAGUACGUCCUUCAUGAAAAUGCACCCUAUGGAGGCCACAGGUUCAUCACAGAAAAGAAAGUAUUUGCUGAAUGGGCUAAGAAACAUACAAUAACAUUUACACACCCUAAUUGGACCUUGUCUUGA